GUAACGUUCAGUAUUUAUUAUUCGAGCGAAUAUCUGCAAAGAUGUGGUUCUUGUUUCUUUUUAUCAUGUCGUUUGCUACAGUGACCAGUUUUCCUCCAAUGGAAGAUCCGAAUCUAUUUGAAGGCGAUAUGAUCCUAACUCCUGAUCAAUUGACAGCCAUAAAAAAUGGUGAAUUUAAUAGAGAUUUGCCAUUAGCUGCAACUCGACGUCCAUGGCCGAAACUGAUUGCUUACGAUUUGUUUGGAUUGAAAACCAUUCCUAAAGCAAGAAAAGUAAUCGAAGAUGCUUUUAGAGACUAUCAUAAACACACAUGUUUGCGAUUUAUUCCAAGAACUAACGAGCGUGCUUACCUCCAAUUUUACGAAGGUGGAGGAUGUUCUUCAAGAGUUGGCUACUGGGGAGGCAAAAACACAAUUUCUUUAGGAAAGGCAUGUUGGACCAAAAACAUUGCAAUACAUGAAAUAAUGCAUUCGCUUGGUUUCCACCACGAACAAAGUCGACCCGACAGAGAUAAAUACGUGAAAAUAUUAAUGGAAAACGUGUUGGAUUAUGCGAAAGAUAACUUUAAUAAAUAUGGAAAUGAUAGAAUAGACAGCCUAGGCAGUCCAUAUGACUUUUCAUCCGUGAUGCAUUACAACGAUACAACUUUUGCAAAACAUGGCACUAAGACAAUCUUGACGGUUGAUCCGAAAAACCAAAAAUUGUUGGGAAAAAAGAAUGGUUUAAGUAAACAAGAUAUUUAUCAAAUCAACAAACUCUACAAAUGCGCUGAUGAGAAACCAAUGACCAUUCCUGUGAUACCAACAUUAGAUCCUUCAUGCAGUGACACCUACGCACACUGCGAUAGAUACGACUCCUAUUGCAAGUCAACAAAAAGUGAUUCUUUAACAAGAUGGGUUAAAAAAUCGUGUCGUAAACAAUGUAAUUUUUGUUGAAUUUCUUGAAAGACAUCAAUUAUAUUUUAUUGU